AUGGGAGAAGGCGAUCGACUCAUCCCAAUGUUUCUUAAAGGAGUGCAAGCCCGUUCGGGGCUAAUGACGCUAUCAAGCUCACGACUUGUUAUCUUGCCGCUUUCCUUCUUUUCAGUGACCAUCCUAGUGCUGUCAGAGGCCCGCGAUCGCCCUCGCAUGCUAAUAGCACGAGUAGGCGCUUGGCUAUUUUCCACAGGUAACUCCGAGUUUAGAUUCGUAUUUCUCAUCCAAUUCGAAGUCGUUAGUGCUAUCUUCGGCUUCUCUCCACCCCCCAGUGUUAACUUCUCCCUCCGCCCGCCCCUAUCCCUCGUCAGCGAGACAGAUUCUGGCUUCAGACUGGCUCCAUGCUUCAUAGUCAACUGUGUUAAUCGUUCCAUAGCUUCUUUUGAUUUGAAUAUUUGUUCCAGUUUUUCAGGUCCAAAAAUAUCCUUCCCGUUUGACCUUGGAGAAACCAACAGAAUUCGGGCGUUGUUGCUGAAAAUCAUCACUCUCGGACCCUUUAUCACCGCUAUCGCUAUUGAAAUUAAAGAAACCGACUUUGCACGUAUGUCAUUAAUCUUUGGACCUUUAAUAGGGGACGAUAACGAAAAUGACGGUGAAUUUAAUCUUGUGGUGAUUAAUGUUGAAGGAAUAAGAGAAGAAGACUCGGAGCUCGACGUUGGUGAUGAUAUACCUAACGGCUGGGCUGCAAACGGAUCCGCAUCUUCCAGGUCAGAGUCAGAUUCAGGAUUUGAUAAAUCUCCUUGCAACUUAUCCUCCAAGGUUGAGGGUGUGUUCGGCAAUGUGGCGAUCGGUUCUAUUUGUAACUUUGAUCGAUGUUUCUUCGGGCGUGAUAUUGAGGAAGUGUCAACAAAGGGAGAACUCGGGUUUGGCUUUGUCAAUAUUGGGCUCUCAAACGUCGAUCUUUGUGAUAGGGGAUCAAAUAGUGGCGAUGAUGGAGGAGAAGGCUCGAUAUCGCUGUUACAACUGCUUUUGGUCCUACCACUAGCAUUAACUGGAGAUUGUUGUUGUAAUGGCCUGCUGUUCGCAUGUAUUUUCGAUGAUAGAGUAUUUGUCGUAGUCAAUGAAGGUGACGAAGCUGGUAUUAGGUUUAAGUUCUUCGGAUUUUUGGUUUUCUUGAUAUCAUCCUCGGAGCUAUCCGAAUCCACAAACCGUUGA